GCUAAAACUGUGGAAUGAAGUUUGUCCGGGUGACGUUGCCGUACAAUUUCCGUCGCAGAUAUACUUCCGUGUUCGUCUUGGCUAACCGCAAACUCUCCACCAAGUCAUUCUUAACGAGUUAGUACUGAUCGUACUGAAAUCUCGACGCAGAACGCCACAGAGCCACUUUACUGCAAUAAAAACAUCUUCCAAUAUUUAUUCGUGUUCUGAUAAACUCGUCUCGGUGCGCGCGGUCGAAAAGCUUCCUGGCCUAGCCUAGUUUAGCUUUAGCUUGCUAGCCGCUAACAAAGAGACGCUCAGCAGAAAUUAAGCGUGAGUGCGAAGUGUUGUGAUUAUCGUGGGGAAAUGUGUGCGAAGCGUGUGAAGGAAGAGCAAGAGGAGGAACUUUCUCGGACAAAAGAGGAACACGAGGCAAAAGGUCAACCACAGGACGCUGAUUUCAAGAAGCUUCGAGUUGUGUUACACGGAACAGACGUCAGCGAAGAAUGUCUUCAUCCGGAGCGGCGGGAGCCGCGGGCCUCUCCUAUUAAAGAGGAAGACGAGGAGGUGGAGGUGACCGAGCCGCCGUCGAUCGGUGUCGCUUUGAAGGCCGAAGAAAAUGUUCCGAGCGAGGAGAGCAGAGGCGCCGAUCGUCCGAGCGGCAGCUCGAGUCAACGCGUGACAACAGAAGGCGACGGAGACCACCGGGGAGGACGGAAGGCGCCCGGCCUCUUCGCGCCGCUGUCCGAUAGCGACGACGUAUCGUCGCGCUCUCCUGACACCGAUGACGACGAUGAGGCCUCCAAAGGGGAAUUGGCGAGCUACGUUGACGACAAACACCGACAAUGUUCCCAGUGUGACAAAACGUUUUUCAACAAGUCGUCAUUGAAAAGACACAUGAGAACGCACACCGGGGAGAAACCUUUCUCCUGCUCGGUGUGCGGUCUCAUAGUCAAUCAGAAGUGCAGCUUAACAACUCACAUGAGAACGCACACCGGGGAGAAACCUUACGUCUGCUCUUUUUGCGGUCAGAAAUUCUCCGAAAAAGGAAAUCUAAUGAAACACACAAGAAUACACACCGGGGAGAAACCUUACGUCUGUUCGGUUUGCGGUCGAAGCUUCUCCGAAAAGGCAAGUUUAACGAGCCACACAAGAACGCACACCGGGGAGAAGCCGUUUGCUUGUUCCUUUUGUGGGCAAAGAUUCUCUGAAAAGGGAAACUUAAGAACACACACAAGAACACACACCGGAGAGACGCCUUUUGUUUGUUCAGUUUGCGGUCAACAAUUUGCUUGGAAGGGACUUUUAAAUGCGCACUUAAGAACACACACUGGGGAGAAACCUUACGCCUGCUCGGUUUGCGGUCAAAAGUUCUCGGCGAAAGGCAACUUGAGAAUACACACAAGAACGCACACGGGCGAGAAACCUUUCGCCUGCUCGGUUUGUGGCCAAAGAUUCUCCGUGAAGGCAACCUUAAGAACACACACGAGGACACACACGGGUGAGAAACCUUUCGCCUGCACCUUUUGCAGCAAAAGCUUCUCUGUAAAAGGCAGUUUAAUCAGCCACACAAGAACACACACCGGGGAAAAGCCUUUUGCCUGUUUAGUUUGUGGUAAAAUAUUCACGCAGAAGGUACAUUUGACGAGACAUGCAAGGACACACGCGGGAGAGAAACCUGCGACUGGUUCGUUAAGUGCAGGAACGAAAGAUCUCGGUCGUGCAAAGCGGGAGCCGGAGCCCCCCAGCGUCAAAAAGGAGCAAGCGGAGCCGGAGCCGGAGCCAUGCCGGAUGAAAGAUGAAGAGGAGGAGGAGGAGAUCAGCGAGCUCCCAUUGACCGUCGUCACUGUGAAGAGCGAAGAUGACGAAGGCGAAGGCGAAGCGAGGAGAGCCGAGGGGACGAGCCGCCGGGCGGCAGCUCAAGUCCACGCGUGACAACGGCAGCGAAUGAAAAGCGCUGCGCGGCGUCUCAAUCGACAUCGCGCUCUCCUGACGCCGAUGAGGACGAUGAAAUGAACCCUCUGAAGGUGUGAAGCCGGGAAAAACUUUCCGGUGCCUUCCACUGAGUUCUUUGUCUCUUCAAUAACUUUGAUGGUUCACAUGAAUUUGUGUUAAAUGUCAAAUGUUGUGAAAUGUUUGGUAUUUUAUACAGUCGUACCUUGCCUUACAAAUCGAAUUGGUUCCAAGCGCUCGUAUACAGCCGAUCCCUUUUCUGCAUUGAAAGGAAUUGAAAUGCCGUUGUUCCCUUGCAGACCUCUCAAAACACACAAGAUUUCUCGUGUUUGGCAUGAAAGGGGGAAAAAGGCCCCGUGUUGUCAACAAGGGAAAUAGAACAUUUGGACAUGUCUGUUUCUGUCUUGUCUGAAAGUUGGGCGAUGACCACAAGCGAUCGGGCCGUUAGGGUUUGAUUGCCAA